AUGGGAAAUGGGGAUGGCACCCAGGCCUUGCAGUUCCCUGAGCAACAUCGAGGUUCCCAUCAGACAGGCUGCACCACCUUCACUAAGGAGGACAAGCAAGUGAGCUCACGGUUUCCAGUGGAAGUGAUCUGGGGAGCCCUCCCUUCUCCCCUCCGUGACUGCAUUAGCUAUGUGCCUAUCAACCCAGGGACCAAAUGCAGGUCAGCAGGUGUCAGCAAGAAAAUGAAAAAAAGAAAAGCUGCUCGUUCCAAGGCCAACCUCGAAUGUACUGGUGAUGCUGAAGAUCAUGAGAAUAAUCUGAAAGCUUAUGACAUAGCCGGCACCAUACCUGGCACUUUCUGUUACACAGAUGAAGGUUCCUGCUUACAUCCACCUGAUUUAGAAGCACAUGCUAUCACUUUUACAUCAUCCUGCCUCUUGGAAAAUCAAGGGAAAGAUAUCUCCAACCCAAAGAUCAUGGGCUCAGGAGCUUCUACUUCUUUGGACUCAAGUAAGAAGUUGGUGGAGGUGGUGCUGGGGGCAGCGCCUGCCUCGGGCCCCUGCGACCCCGACUUGCUGCUCUUCGCCACGCCGCAGGCGCCCCGGCCCACACCCAGCGCGCCGCGCCCGGCGCUCGGCCGCCCGCCGGUGAAGAGAAGACUGGACCUGGAAACUGACCAUCAAUACCUGGCUGAGAGCAGUGGGCCAGCUCGGGGCAGAGGCCGCCACCCAGGAAAAGGUGUAAAAUCCCCAGGGGAGAAGUCACGCUAUGAGACAUCGCUGAAUCUGACCACCAAACGCUUCCUGGAGCUGCUGAGCCGCUCAGCUGAUGGCGUUGUUGACCUGAACUGGGCAGCUGAGGUACUGAAGGUGCAGAAACGGCGCAUCUACGACAUCACCAAUGUCCUCGAGGGCAUCCAGCUCAUCGCCAAGAAGUCCAAGAAUCACAUCCAGUGGCUAGGCAGCCAUGCAGCAGUGGGGAUUGGUGGGCGGCUUGAAGGACUGACCCAGGAUCUCCAGCAACUGCAGGAGGACGAACGACACCUGGACCACCUGAUCCACAUCUGUACCACGCAACUGCGGCUGCUCUCUGAGGACACCGACAGCCAGCGCCUGGCCUACGUGACCUGCCAGGACCUUCGUAGCAUUGCAGACCCUGCAGAGCAGAUGGUCAUGGUGAUCAAGGCCCCUCCUGAGACCCAGCUUCAAGCCGUGGACUCCUCAGAGACCUUUCAGAUCUCCCUUAAGAGCAAACAAGGCCCCAUCGAUGUUUUCCUGUGCCCUGAGGAGAGUGCGGGCGGGGCCAGCCCUGGGAAGACCCCAUCCCAGGGGGCAGCUUCUGGGGAGGAGGACAGGGCAGCUGACUUUGCCACCACAGUGCCACCACCAUCAUCUCCCCCAUCAUCCCCUGCCACGGAUCCCAGCCAGUCCCUGCUCAGCCUGGAGCAAGAACCUCUGCUUUCCCGGAUGGGUAGCCUGCGGGCCCCUGUGGAUGAGGACCGCCUUUCCCCGCUGGUGGCAGCCGACUCACUGCUGGAGCAAGUGCGGGAGGACUUCUCUGGCCUUCUCCCUGAGGAGUUCAUCAGCCUAUCUCCCCCCCAUGGGGCCCUUGACUACCACUUUGGCCUUGAGGAGGGCGAGGGCAUCAGAGACCUCUUUGACUGUGACUUUGGGGACCUCACCCCUCUGGAUUUCUGACAGGGCUUAGGGGGACCAGGGCCUCCUGAGAUGCCCACCCACUCUCUGCAGCCCUGGAGCCCCCUUCCCCUGGCCGUCCUCCCUGCCUGAUUAGAAAUGUUUAAUUUAUACCCCUCUCCCCUACCUCCAGAAGCUUCUAGCUCUGGAGUCUGGCUACUGCCAAGAGCUGAGCAAGCCAGGAAGGAAAGGAUUGUUUGUGGUGUGUAUGUGCAUGCACCUAGCACCCAGUGUGUUUACACAGGGUGAGUGGUGUGUGAGUGUGUGUGUGUGCGCGCAUGUACCGGGGAAUGAAGGUGAACACAUCUGAGCGUGCACUGAAAACGCCCCAGUGUGUCCACGUGUGUAUGCAUGAGUCCAUGUGUGUGCAUGGUGGGGGCUCUAACUGCACUUUUGGUCUCCUUGCUCCAGGGGCCCCAUGAGGCCCAGGGUGGCCACCUGCCCCCAGAAUUGCUGCGUGCUGACCAGGCCAGGUGGUGCAGCCUUGGCCUGCUUGUUUGCAGGACAGUGAGAGCACUUCUGUCGUCUUAAAAGGUUUUUCUGAUCGAAGCUUUAAUGGAGCGUUAUUUAUUUAUCAAGGCCUCUUUGGCAAGCCUGGGGCACCAGCAAAGGGUAGGAGGGACGUAGGGCUGAUGUCCCAACUCCUUAUACCCCUGAGCAAGGGCAGGUGUCCCUGAGCUGUUCUUUGCCUCACUCCGGAGGAGCUGAGGGCUGAGUGGUUUAUUUAUUGGGAAAGUGAGGGAGGGAGACAGACUGACUGACUGACAGCCAUGGGUGGAUGAAGCGGGGGUGGUCCCUCCCCAGGGGGUUACUGCAGGGCUCCGGCAGCCCCCCAGGAUGGAUGUGAGAUGGGAGAGGUGAGUGGGGGACCUUCACUGAUGGUGGCUGGGUGGGUGAAGGGCCUUCCCCCAGCCCAGAUCACAGGGGUCCCUCCUCUGGCAUUUGAAGGUGCCCCCCCCUCCACCCCACUUCUUGCUCUGCCCCACCCUCAAAUCUGCACUUUGAUUUGCCUUCCUUACAGCUCUGUUCCCUCUUGCUUUGGUUUUAAUAAAUAUUUGGAUGGUGUU